CAUAUCGGCGGCCGAUCGAUCUCCCGGAGCGUUGAAGUUAGCGGAGCUGCCGCCAGAACGCCGACCCUCCCGCACUCUCCUUCUCUUCCACCACGACGUACACAUGAUUGCAUCUAAACUAUAAACACGCAUCUUCCCUCCAGUCUAGACAGACAGACAGGCAGACAGGCAGACUACUUGACAUUUCUAGCAACACUGCCAACCCCCACAUCUCUCUCACCCCUCAUUGCGGGGUAACAUCAUCCCCCUGACUCACCAAACCCAUCCUAACAGUGAUCAUCCAGAUGCCAUUCUCCCACCACAGCCACUCAGGCCAAUUCUGUCCGGGCCACGCCAAAGACUCCCUGGAGGAGAUCAUUCAGCUGGCCAUCUCCAAGAAAUUCCACACCUUCUGUCUGACGGAGCACAUGCCGCGUCAUGAAGAAGAUUUCUACCCCGAAGAACUCGAAACCAACACCACCCUGACCAGCCACAUCGCCAACGAAGCCGCCUACUUCGCCGAAGCCACGCGGCUGCGCGCCAAAUACGCCUCGCAGAUUCAAAUCCUCAUCGGCUUCGAAAUCGACUGGAUCCGACCCGCCUCACGCACCCUCAUCGAAGACUCACUCUCCCGACACCCCUUCGAAUUCUUCAUGGGCUCCGUGCACCACACCCUCACCAUCCCCAUCGACUACGACCGCGCGUUGUACGAGACCGCGCGGGAGCGUGCCGGCGGCUCCGACGCGCAGCUCUUCGAGGCCUACUUCGACGAGCAGCUCGACAUGCUGCAGCAGCUGCGGCCUGUGGUGGUCGGGCACUUCGAUCUGAUCCGGCUGAAGAGCGAUGAUCCCGAACGCAGCUUUACGUUGUGGCCCCGCGUGUGGGAGAAGAUUCUUCGGAAUUUGGACUUCGUGGCGGCGUAUGGAGGGCUCUUGGAGGUGAAUUCGGCCGCGUUGAGGAAGGGGAUGAGUGAGCCGUAUCCGAAGGGGGAGAUUUGUAAGGAGUUUCUCGCCCGCGGCGGCCGGUUCUGCCUAUCGGACGACAGCCACGGGCUGGACCAGGUCGGACUGAACUUCCACCGCGUGGUGCCGUUCCUGGAGCAGGCGGGUAUCAGCACGAUGCAUUAUCUCGCGCUGGGAGAAGCGGACAGCGGCGGGGAGAAGGUCGACCCCCGGUUCCCUCGGACGCAGAUCAAAUCGGUGGCAUUGGCGGAGGUGAAGGAAAUGCCGUUCUGGGCGCCAUAGAGAGGGGGGUCUUUGCAUGGGGAACAGGCAAUGGGGAAGAGAGGUCGGGGGAUGAGAUGGGAUAGGAUGCAGAAGGCGCAUGCAUUGUUGACAGGUGGAGUUGCUUUUUCGGUGCCAUCUGGCGCGGGUGGAGGUUCGAAG